AUGGCGGCAGGGGAGAUGAGCAUCGUGCUGCAGGACAGGAGCAAGAAGACGGUGCCGAUUCAGCAGCUCGCCACGCACGCGUCGCGCGAGAAGAACUUCCGGAAAACCGUGUGCAAGUACUGGCUACAGGGGAAAUGCAUGGUCGGAGACAACUGCGACUACAAGCACGCGAUUGACCCCAACGCGAUGCCGGUGUGCGAGGAGUUCGAGCGUACAGGGCGGUGCCGCGACCUCGAGAUGGGACAGUGCCAGUACAAGCACCAGAAGCACGGCGAAUGCUUCUUGUACAAGCUCGGAUUCUGCCCCUACGGCGAGCGCAGGUGCCGCUUCCGGCACAUCCGGCUGCCGGGCCCGCCGCCGGACAUCACGACGCUCGAGGAGGCCAAGCCGGAGCACGCGCAGCACCGCAGACCCAAGGACGACGACAUGGACCGGAGGGGGGGCCGCAGGGGCAGGGGCCGGGGCCGCGGCGGUCGCGGCGGGCGGGGGCGGUAUGGGGACAGGGACGGCGGGCCCCCGGGGGGGUUCGGGGGCGGGGGGGGGUUCGGAGGGUACCUGCCCGCGCCUGGCGGGUUCGGUGGCGGAGGCGGGCAUCUGCUCACGAGGGGCGAGAGCACGGAGGCCCCACGAUUCACGGCGGAUCUUGAGCCCCACGUCGUGGCCUUCAUCACGAGCUGCCCCGGGCCGACUUUCAGGGCGAUCCCCGCCUGCCUCGCGACGGUGUGCAGGGCCUAUGCCCUCCACUGUUUGGUAGGCAACCAGCCGAUGCAGGCCGUGCCUGUGCUCAGGAUAGCCAUGGAGAAGCUGCAGCAGCGCGGAGAGGGCGGCUCGCGGGACGCGACGCUCCUCACGCCCAUGCACGGGCUCAUCCUGCGCGCCUGCGUCCACGCUGCGGACCCUGCAGCAGCGGGCGACGUCGUACGCGACACCGUGUUCGACGCGGACCCCGCCGCGAGCGGCGUCGCGGUCACUGAUGUUCUGUUGUACGGCACGUACGGCGGAAUGGCGGCUCUGGCGCUCGAGGACUAUCCGCGCGCCUCCGAACUGUUCCUGGUUGCGGCAACGGUCCCCGCCCAGGUCACCUCCGCGAUGAUGGUCGAGGCGUACAAGAAGUACACACUGACGAGCUUGCUCCACGAGGACGCGAACACCCCUGCCCAGGGCUCCUCGGGCGGCGGCCCGCGGCUCGGCAGCUCGGGCCCGUGGCUCAUGGCCGCCAGCAACAGCGGAGCCAAGUCUCUGUCGCGCCACGUCACGCAGUACACCGACCUCGCCUCGGCCUUCCGCAGCGGCGACGUCGCCCGCAUGGAGCGCGUCCUCCAGGAGAACGCGCCGCUGUUCGAGGAGGAAGGCAACUGGGGGCUCGCCAGCCUGUGCUGGGAGCGCCUUGCGGUGCGAAAGCUCCGCGCCCUGCCGUGCAUCUACGCCUCGAUCCCGCUGGACCAGGCCGCGAGCCGCGUGGGCCUCAAGACGGCCGCGGAGGCCCGCGAGCUCGUGCACCGCGUGAUGGCGGCGGGGCAGCUGUCGGCCGAGAUCGACGGCGACGUGUUGCGGUUCCGCGGGGGGGCGCCCGGGGACGAGGGAGCCGCGGGGUACGCGGACGUGGAGGCGGAGCUGCAGCGGCGGCUCGAGGAGGCGCGCGUGCUGACGGCGCGCGUGGCCGAGCUCGACCACGCGGUGUCGCUCGACAAGCCGUACCUGCUCAAGAUGAUACAAAGGGAGGGCAAGGGCGGCGGGGGCCUCGCGGCCGCGGGGUCGCCCAUGGCGGGCGGCGCUGGCCCAUCGGGUGCCGGGGCCACGAGCGAGCCGAUGAGCGACUCGUGA